AUGGUCUACUCAUUAUCCUACCGGCGGCCCUCGCAUACCAAUUCCUCCAACGACUCUCUCGACGGCGACGAGAAGCAGAAGUCGAUCAACGAGUCCAUCCAGUCGUGUGGCUCGUGCAUGAGCAAUGGAAUUCCGCCCCCCUUGGCCUUCGAUCGAAUCAUCGAUGGAGGAACCUGUCCAGUGCGUCGGAAGCGAGUCCAUGUCUUUCAUGCCAAUCGACUAACGAGCAGAACAGCCCGUCACCGUCCGAGACUUCAUGAACUACCUCAAGUACAUCGAAUACGCAGCAGAAAACCUCCAGUUCUUCCUAUGGUAUCGUGCUUACGCCGCCCGGUGGGAGAGUCUCCGAGAGAGCGAGAAGACUCUUGCGCCAGAAUGGACCUCGGCUCUCGCCGAUGCAGACACCUACGGAGGCCCUCCCUCGCGACCGAAGAGGCUCCCUCCUCCCAUCGCUGAAGUGUUGAAGGACACAGACUUUGCCGGCAAACCCAAGAUGCCCGUCGACCGAGCCGAUCCCUUCCAUACACCGCUCAAGUCUGGCUCCUUCGAUGAGAAGCGCGACUUUGUACCAGAUUAUGCUUCUUCCAUCGGAGACGACCGGACCCUGCUCAGCAGCACAGGCAGCAGUCAUAAGGUCGCCGCCGAGCAAGCGUUCGAGGACGCCGGCAUGAAAUGGAAGCCAUGUACGCAGUACCACAGCAUUUUCCGGAGUACGGAACACGAAGCUGACAGUCGCAGUCUCCACGCAACCCUACCGUGAUGAGGUAUCGCGCAUCAUCAGCAUCUACAUCGCCGAAGGGGCUCCGCGAGAGCUCAACCUGUCUUCCAAGGAACGUCAAGCCGUGCUCCACGCUUUGCAGCACACCACCCAUCCCACAGCCUUCAGAACCAUCAUCACCCCCGUCGAGUACUCCCUGCGAAAGCAAGCACAUCCCAACUUCAUCCGGUGGACCAUUUGCAAUGGCAACCGUCCUCGCGUCGUUUUUGCAAGAGGGCUCGGCGUGGGUGGCAUCCUCGUGGGAUUCGUGGCCGACUUGCUCCUCACCCUCAGCCACGCCGGUCGUGCUUGGAGAGUGCUUCCAGUCAUUGCCUGGUUUAUCGGCAUUGCGACUCUCGUGGCGGCCUGGAAGGGCAUGUGCGUGGUUCUGCACGGCCUCCAUCACCGCCAUCUGAGACCGUGGGAGCUCUUCACCGACGAGGCCGAAGAAGUGCCCGAUGAGAAAUUCAUGUCUUCCGAGGCUCUGCUCUCCGGCGAGCAGAAUUCCUUCGAAGAGGAGCCGUGGGUGCCGCGCUACAAGAAGCGCAACAUGCUCCGGAAAGUCUUUGAUCGCGAAAUCUGGGUCCAGGAGCCCGCUCUGCGGCAGAUUCAGGACACCAUCUUCCUCCAGGCGAUCCUCUCUUCUCUGCUCGUGUCCUGCGUCGUGGUCGGCAUCUUCUGCGCCGUUCCUCACGGAAAUCUGUUUUGA